AUGCCAGUCAAGGUGGUGAUCAUUGGCGUAGCAGCCGCGGCAGCAGUGGGAGCAGUUGUGUGGCGCAACCGCGAGCAGAUAUUGGAAGUCGCGGAGCAGACCCGCGACGAAGUUAGAGAAUUUGCGGGCGAGAGAAUCGCCGAGCUCGCCGAGCUCUUGCGACGCGUGGCCGACAAAAUCUCGCCGGAGAGGCAGGAACAAAUACCCAUGCGCGGCCGCGCUUUCGGGUUCUCCCCACCGUCGUCGCCGAGCUCUUCGUACAGGAGUGGAAGUCCUCUUAGGUCUUCGACCAAUCCGUUCGCCAACCCCCAGGCCAACUCACCUUCGGGUUCUCGCAAUUCGGGGUUCUACCAGCAGCCCCCAGUGGCUACGGGACGUGACAGCGAGCACGCGGACGGUCUGCGACUCCGAGGUGCUGGCGGCGUCGUACCAGUGCCACCAGCACCACCAGCUGUUUCCCUCGAUAAUGACCACAAAGAAGAGCCACGGGCGCCCAGCGUUGCCUCCAGCACCUCCACAAUCCCGUCCCCAGCCGUUGUAUCACCACCCGCGCACGUCGUCUCGAUCCCGCAAUCACCCAGCGUCGAAACGCUCGUCGCGGUCUCCGCGGUGUCGCAGCAGCUCCCCUCAGCGUCAGAAACCAUAUCCUUCCACUCCACCUCCACCACGCCGACCAUCUCCUCCGGCUCCUCAGCCGUAGCCGCAGCCGUAGCCGCAGCCGUAACCCCGCCAGCAACAGUAGUAACCAACCCCUUCGAGAACCCGCAGCCAUUCUGGAACAUCCCCGAGUGGCAGGAAAACACCGUGGUGGAGGCGCUCGACGACACGCCGUCUUCGUCGCCUAGCUUGGCCGGCAGCGCUGCCGACGAACUCCUCGAUACCAUGUCGGAUCUGGCUAGUGAGUCGGGAAGCGAGGGCAGUGAGGGCAGCUGGAUGGAGGUCGCGAGCGUCACUAGUGAUGAUGAUAUGAUCAACCAUUAA